AGAAAGCGGCUACCGAAAAGUCAAGCCGCAAGGGAAGACAGUGGCAUGCGUCGAUGCGGGGCGAUGAUGUUUCGAGCCUGGGCCUCGCCUCGCGGCCUCGUCCCAGCGAUGGUCGAGUGCCCGAUUGUAGACAUGGAGCGGGUGUAGUGAUCCUGAGCAAGAGAUACUGCCAAGAAUGCCAAGAUCGGCCAACCAACCAGCGCCCCCAUCGAGCGCCCGGGGCGGCACCGACUCCGUCGUUUGAAUCUCUGGGAUCUUCCAGAUUGCAGCUCCCCUUCUUCCGGGAUGACGAGCCUGAUUCAUCGGGUGCGAAUAUAAUCCGCCCCCGCUCGGUCCGGUGUCUGAUUGUGUCUCGAGCUCCGACUGACUGAGGAGGAGGAGGACGAGGCCGAGGAGAGCUGCGAGGGAUUACAGAGCGAGAGAAAGGGAAGGGAUGGCCUGGAGCCUGGAUUUGGUGCAUUCGCAAUUGUGCCUCAGAUCCAAACCUCGAACUCUGUAGAUUAGUGAUCGGCUUUUCAUGAACUCUUUCCGUGGCAGCUAGCUUUGCCACAAGGGAGGGCGAGAGGGGAAUUAGGAGUCCGUAGGGGUAGGGGGGGUUUCAAAGCACGCAGAAGUGCAUGACAUUGUGAUGUGAAGAGAGAGCCUCGUUGAGUUUAGCUGUGCCUCGAAUGUGGCAAUCCGAAGUUGUAAUGCAAAUUGCCUCGAAUCAGUCCUUGAAGGGCCCUUACUAUGACGGGUGACCGUGAUCCAGUCGUCAUUGUGUAGAUCUCGUCUGUCGGUGCUCUAGUGGUCACAAGCUGUUUUCCAAGGGUGGAUGAAGUUGAAGAGCAUCCGAUCGUGAAGCAAGGUCAUGAAGACCUUGAAGGUCGGAGCGCAGCUCGGCCUUGUAAUUGGCAUGCUGGUUGUUUCUUACUACUUGGGUCGACCCCUCUACUGGGAGAUCCAGUCGCGCUUCCCGGAACUUCGUCUGCCUUCUCAAUACAUUGCUGCAACGUCGCCGGUCCGGGGGCUGCAUCCCAUCGGCUCAGAGUCAAGUGAAGGAUUUUCGCUUCCUGACGACACAAAUACCUCGGCGGAGAAAAAAAGGAAGGAGAAAGUUGAACACGUUACUAACAGGAGUGCCACAGGGAACUCAAAAUCCGCACUCCAAGAAGAAUUGAAGAAGCCAAUAUGGGAAGUUCCUCUCGCCGGCAGCAAACUUCCAUCACGGGAAGCAUUCGCACUCAGGAAGGAAAUGGUGGAGUUUCGAGCGAAGAAGAAUGUUAUUGUCGUCACUUUUGCCAACCACGCAUUCAUGGGGUUCGUGCUCUCGUGGGUGAAGAGUUUGACCGAUGAUGGAGUCACAAAUAUACUUGUGGGGGCCAUGGACACCGAACUCUUAGAAGAUUUAUAUUGGAGAGGUGUUCCUGUCUUUGAUAUGGGGAGUAACAUGAAAACCUUUGAUGUUGGUUGGGGUACUCCCCAGUUUCAUAAAAUGGGGCGAGAGAAGGUUAUUUUGGUGACUGCAUUCCUUUCUCUUGGUUACGAACUGCUCAUGUGUGACACAGAUAUGGUCUGGUUGAAGAAUCCACUUCCAUACCUUGAGCGGUAUCCGUCAGCGGAUGUGUUGACAUCCAGUGAUGAGGUCGUAAAUACAAGGGAUGAUGAUCAGCUGGAACUAUGGAACCGUUCGUUUGGUGCGUACAAUAUUGGAAUAGUCCACUGGCGUCCAACGGCAGUUGCCAAAGCUAUGGCUGCAGUAUGGAAAAAUCAGUUGCUUGCAGAUGAUCAAAUCUGGGACCAAAAUGGCUUCAAUGAUCUUAUGAAGAAAAAACUUGGUCCUAGUGUCGAUGAAGAUAGUGGACUUGUUUAUGCCUACGACGGUUCUCUGAAGCUUGGUAUAUUACCAGUGAGCCUAUUUUGCAGUGGUCACACGUACUUUGUACAGGGUUUGUACAAACAGCUGAAGUUGGAGCCGUAUGCCGUACACACUACCUUUCAGUAUGCAGGAACUGAAGGAAAGAGACACCGACUUAGAGAAGCGAAGCUUUUCUUCGAUGAACCGGAGUACUACGAUGUGCCAGGUGGAUUUUUGUCCUAUAAACCAUCCCUUCCCGAGAAUCUGAUGAGCGGAGGGGAGCACACUGUCGAAAGUCACUUUGCUUUGGUCAAUCAUCAACUCGUACAAGUGAGGAAUGCUUUGGCAGUGGCCUCAAUUUUGAACAGAACACUGGUUAUGCCUGCCCUGUGGUGCCGAUUAGAUCGCCUCUGGUUUGGACACCCUGGUGUCCUCGUAGGCACUCACACUCCCCAGCCCUUUUUGUGUCCUAUGGAUCAUAUUUUUGAGGUAAAUGCUAUGCUGAAAGAUAUGAAUUCUGAAGAAUUCGGAGAGACUAUUAGAUUUAGAGAGUACUCAUUUCUGGAGAAUCCCCGUUGUCCCAGAAAGGUAAACGAAUCCAUUCUGAGAGCCGAAAUUUGCGAGAAAGAAACGCCCGGAUGUGGCGGAGAGUCAAGUAAAGUUUCAGUUCCGGGUAUAUUGCUUCUCCCAGCGAAUGCUACAGAAUUUGAGCUCAAGGAUGCCCUUUUGCCAUACAAAGAUGCAGAGCUAAUAGAGUUCUCGUCGAUGAUCGGAGUUUUUCGUGGCUUUUCUGACAAGGCCACGGAAGAGAGGUUCAGGAGAAGAGUAAAGACGUACACAGGUAUUUGGUGUUGUGUUCAGGAUAAGGAACCCGGCCACAUCUGGUAUGAUAUCUACUGGGAUGAGAAGCCAAAGUGGAAACCUGAGCCUCCAGAAACCCCAGCAGACGAUCAUCAACCUUGGUAGUCGAGUGAGGAAAAGUCCGAUGGCCCCUUUGUACACUAAUGCCAAAUGUAUGGGUUGCCGAGCAGUUCAAAGCUCAUGCAACUAUCACGAGAAAUUCAUUCAGUUUGACCCGUCAAAAUAGCCUAGAGAGAUGUGGAUCUGUGGAGCUGUAGGCGGAGGGCUCUAACCCGUAUUAAUAUCAAACUGAGCUAAGUCAGGUCAGUGUAACUUCAUAGAGUCAGACUUGACUUCUCGAUGGUCAAACCUAACAGAGCACCGUCCACUAAGUUCCUCGUUUUUGUCGGCCGAAUGCAAUGCUACGACCUCAGUGGCAUAGCAUGUAAGUCGAGAAAGGUUUCUGCACGGUUUGGUCGAAAAUAAGCUGAUGCCAAGCAGAAUACGAACGAUGUCCACGCAGAAUCUGGAAUGAUGCCUGCGGACGCAUUCAUUCAAUUUACGAUCCUAAUUUGUGCAAAUUCCUGUCCAAGGCUUGCGCUGGGCAAAUGUUGUAAUUGCUCAAGCAACGGUCUCCAAUUGCUAGGUACUCUGUGGUAGCCAAGCACUGGAACUCCUGCGGAGUCUCGACGAAACCGACAUUUUGUUGUGCAUCUCUCGCAGUUUUGGAAGUUGCAAGUCGGUGGUCAAUGCCAUUCUACAGAGGCCGAUUGAUUGAUCACCAAGAAUACAGAGAUGACGCUCUCCAGUCCAUCCAAAUUCCGUUACGUAUACACUUGUGUACUUGAGACGCUAAUCUGGCGAAGCCCCUGUUUCUUCAGUAUGACUGCCUGAUGUCAACAUGCGAGGUUCAUAUAUGGAUUGGAUAACAGCCUCCAAAGGACACUUCUCUUCCUUACAUUACAAAUGUCGUUCGGUGGGAAAGCCAAAGAAGUAAAGUUUGUAUUGUGGGCUUA